CCAUCGCUUUGUAAAAACAAUAAGCAUAAAUUAAAUUUGUGUGAAAUUGCGAUAGUAUUCUAUAAAUUUGUGUAAAAUAAAUAAUAAUAGAUUUACAAUACUAUAGCAUUAACCUUCUAUCUUCAAUUCAAAAACUCCAACAGCAUGGCAACUGGGAAUGUAUCUAAUGUUGAAAUAGUAGAGAAAUGCGAAAACCGCGAUUAUAGUAGCGAUUUUUUUCACGUUUUAAAUACAAUGCGUGUCGGUCGAAAGUUUUGCGAUUUUUCUUUGAACGUAGACGGUGAAGUUAUUCACGUUCAUAAGUUGGUCCUCGCAAUUGCUUCACCCUACUUUGCUGCGAUUUUUGAGGAUGAUAUGAAGGAGAAAACGAAAACAUUUCUUAAAUUAAAUGAUGCGGAUUUGAUUGCUGUGAAGGCACUCGUGAAGUACAUCUAUAGCGGGAUGAUAAUACUCACUAAAGAUAAUGUUGAGCAAUUGCUGCGCACAUCAGAUUUGUUUCAAAUUGAGUGGGUGAAGCAGCAAUGCAUACGAUUUCUUAAGCAGAGUUUGAGUUCAACAAAUUGCUUUCGCAUACGAAAAUUUGCUGAUAUGCAGUCUUGCAAAGAGCUCUACGAUUUCAGUCACAAAUAUAUUAUUGAGCAUUUCAAUGACUUACUUGAACAGGAUGACUUGUUACUGUUGCCCUUCGAACAGAUCCGGGAAUUGAUAAAAGACGAACAGCCGAGAUCGGACAUCGAGAACGCCUAUAAAGUAUCAAUGAAUUGGAUUAAACACGAUCCAGAUCAACGAAAGGAACAUCUGGCGGAGUUAAUCAGCCUGAUCCGUCUACCUUUAGCCAGUUCUCAAUUCUUGACAGCUCACGUAGUUACUGAACGUCUGCUUAGAGAUGAUCAUAAAUGUAACGAAUUUUUAAUUGAAGCUUUAAGUAUCCAAUUAACAAAAGCAAAUGCACGUGAAGCCCAGAACUUCCAAGUAACAAAAGUAGAUGAGCCAAAAUGUUUAUGCAAAACCCAGACUGAAGAACGCAAGGAAACGUUUUAUGUGUUCCUUGUCGGCGGUAGCAAUGUAGAUCGUAUGUGUAAGGUCUAUGAUGUUUCGCGAAACAUUGUAGUUCCUAUCCCGAAUAUGAGCAAGAAAAGAUGCAAAAAUGGUGCAAUCUCACUAGACGGUGCCAUUUUUGCAAUAGGUGGACACACUGGUACUGAAAUAAAAGCCGCCGAAUGUUACGAUCCGAUUAAAAAGCAGUGGCACGACAUAACACCGACGAAUCAUGGGCAUUGGGAUUUUGGGAUUUGCACACAUAAUGAUCGUGUUUAUGUUGUCGGUGGUGAGAAGAAUUCAACUGUCGAAUGCUACUGUAAUGCGACGAACAAAUGGUACCCGUGUCAGAGUAUGUCCACAAAAGGCCACAUUAGCACUCGAGCCGCGCUGGCCGAGAAUAGCAUUUACACUUUAAAUUAUGAACAUGAUGGCAGUACGUCGUGCAUGCGCUUUGAUCCGAGAGAGGGAGGAUGGCAUAAAUUGAAUAAAUUAGAAAUGACGGCUUAUGACUUUGAACUCAUCGCUCAUGAUCAUACAUUGUUUGCGAUUGGAAGUGACCGUAGUAAACGUCUCGACAUACGAACGAAUCGAUGGGAAUUGAUGCCGUCCAUGUCCUACAAUAGGCAUGGUUUUUCAGCGAUCAUAAAUGCGGAUGACAUUUAUGUGUUGGGCGGGCGAGGAAAAUCAAAGUUUACUAAAUUCCCGGAACGCUACAAUAUUCGACAAAAUAAAUGGACAAUAAUCAAUACAGUAGAAAUGGAACACUAUCUCGGAGGAGCCGCAAUAAUUAGCGCUUAUAUUCGUCUUAAUUAAAUAAGGGAAAUCAAACGUUAUCAAGAAUAUGUUUUGUACAUUGUCACGAUUUUUAUCGUUUCUAGGCCAAAUAAGCUAACGAUAUUUAGCACGUAAACGUAAUAA